GUGCGUGAUUGAGAACGCAGCCCAUCUCUGCAGGAUGUGACCACUGAACCCUGUAGAGAUACUGGCUCCAUGUGCGGACACAUCAUUACUCCUCAUCUUGAUGGAGGAGGGAUGGUGGCAAAGUCCCGUGUGAGCUCUGACUCCCAUCAGGAUUGCUUCUCUCCUCUGGAAUAAGCUUCUUAUUAAAUAAUCACAGUGAAGCUCUCCAUCAGGUCCUUCUAUUCUGUUCUCCUGUCUUGUGACACUUCAUGGCCAGUGUCACCUUUGAUUGUGCUUGCCACGACGUGGUUGUCUCAAUGCCUGUGCGAGCAGGAAGCCAGUAUGUAUAUAUGCUGUAAUUAAUGCUAGUUUCGUGUCAGCUGUUUGUCGUUUGACUACAUAGUGGUCGUAGUUUCGCUGUUCUUAAAAGUGGAUCUUGUCAUCAUGGGCUGCGUGUUCUCCUUACCGGAAGACCGACUAGUCGUGGUGGACAGGGCUCCGACAACUAGGGAAACCAGUUUUAUUGAAAAAAUGAAGAAAACGGGCAAGAACAUCAUUGUGUUUUAUGGCUCACAGACGGGCACAGGUGAGGAGUUUGCCAAUCGACUCUCUAAAGACGCUCAUCGCUACGGCAUGAAGGGGAUGGUAGCAGACCCAGAGGAAUAUGACAUGGGCGAGCUCUCUCGUUUGACUGAGAUUGAAAACUCUUUAGCGAUCUUCUGCAUGGCCACAUAUGGAGAGGGCGACCCCACUGAUAAUGCUCAGGACUUCUAUGACUGGUUACAAGAGGGUGAUGCUGACCUCAAUGGGGUUAAAUACACAGUGUUUGCUCUGGGCAAUAAGACAUAUGAGCACUAUAAUGCCAUGGGAAAAUAUGUGGACAAGAGGCUGGCCGAGCUGGGAGCGCAGAGGAUCUUUGACCUGGGAAUGGGAGACGAUGAUGCAAAUCUUGAGGAGGACUUUGUGUCAUGGAGAGAGCAGUUCUGGCCGGCUGUUUGUGAACACUUUGGAGUUGAAGCAACUGGUGAAGAAUCCAGCAUCCGUCAAUACGAGUUGAAGGUACACACUGAUCUGAACAUGAAUAAGAUCUACACUGGAGAGCUGGGACGCCUCAAAAGCUUUGAGAUCCAGAAGCCGCCUUUCGAUGCUAAGAACCCUUUCCUGGCACCUGUGACUGUGAACCGUAAACUUAAUAAGGGUGGAGACAGACACCUGAUGCACCUGGAGCUGGACAUCACAGGAUCUAAGAUCAGGUAUGAAUCAGGAGACCAUGUUGCUGUGUAUCCCAUCAAUGACACGGCUAUAGUGAACAGGAUUGGUGAGAUCCUUGGAGUGGACCUUGAUACUGUUAUCUCCCUCAAUAACCUUGAUGAGGAAUCCAAUAAGAAGCAUCCGUUCCCCUGCCCCACCACGUACCGCAUUGCCCUGACACACUAUCUGGACAUCACAAACUCUCCACGCACAAACGUGCUGUAUGAACUGGCUCAAUACGCCUCCGACCCCAAAGAACAGGAGAACAUGCGUAAGAUGGCCUCCUCCUCACCUGAGGGCAAAGCGCUGUAUCAGAGCUGGGUCCUGGACUCAUGUAGGAAUAUUUUGGCUAUUCUUGAGGAUUUGCCUUCUUUGCGCCCACCUGUUGAUCAUCUGUGUGAGCUUCUGCCACGACUGCAGGCGCGCUACUAUUCUAUCUCAUCCUCUUCCAAGGUCCAUCCCAACAGCAUCCACAUCUGUGCUGUAGUGGUGGAGUACGAGACCAAGACAGGACGUGUCAACAAAGGGGUUGCCACUAACUGGCUGAAGACCAAAAUACCAACCGAUAAUGGACACAAGGCCACCGUGCCCAUGUACAUCCGCAAAUCUCAGUUCCGCCUGCCCUUCAAGUCCACAAACCCAGUGAUCAUGAUUGGACCUGGCACCGGCAUCGCACCCUUCAUGGGCUUCAUUCAGGAGAGAGGAUGGCUCAAAGAACAAGGCAAGGAAGUUGGAAAUACGGUAUUGUACUUUGGAUGCCGUCACAAGAACGAGGACUUCCUGUACCAGGAGGAACUUGAAGAGUUUGAAAAGACUGGCGUUCUGACGGAACUCAAUGUGGCUUUCUCCAGAGACCAGGCACAGAAGGUAUAUGUGCAGCAUCUCCUAAAGAACAACAAGGAGACUGUUUGGAGGCUGGUUCACACAGACAACGCACACAUCUACAUCUGUGGAGAUGCACGAAACAUGGCACGGGACGUGCAGAACUCCUUCUACGAGAUCGCCGAAGAGCUGGGCGGAAUGAGCCGCACUCAAGCUGUAGAUUACAUCAAGAAACUGAUGACAAAGGGACGCUACUCGCAGGACGUCUGGAGUUAAAUGGCCUAUCAGCAGUCAAACAUUCCUGAUUUGGGGAUUUGUUUUUAGGGAUGGGUUUAAAUGUGUUUGCUAUUAUCACUCUGACAUGUUUGUCAAAGAAAGGAAAACAUUGACACACAACACCUCAUUCCGAAGAGAAACCAUGCUGAAUUCAACACAGAUGGCUUAUGGUAGGGUAUUUGCGAAAAAACGAAAACUAAAUUUAAAUAUACUGUAUAUAUAAAACAAAGACAUUGUGUAGAAUAUUGACUGGGAAUCUCCUUUGGAAAAUCUUAAUUAUGAUAUGUUAAUCCAUGCAAUUAGAGAGAGGGAUAUUAAAUGUAGCCUUCUGUAUUAUGCAUAGAACUUUAUAAUCAAAUGUGGUCAUUUUUUGUCACCGCCAAAUGCAUUGGAAUGAGUUGAUGACUCUCUAGAUUAUGUAACUUUAGCUGAACCCUAUUAUAAAAGUAAAACCGUUUUGGCAAAGAUCGCUGCCUCCUUUAGGUGGAGAGACUCGCACGUUAUUUUUAUGCACUUGAUGACUAGUUCUUAAUAUGCAAAAAAGACACUUCAUGUUAUUUGAUCAGAAAUGAACCAGUGAGUGUAUGUACAUCAACUUUAAAGCUGUUUUUAACUGUUCGAUUUCUUAAACGGUGCAAAAGUGCAUUUGCUAUUUGAAGGUGGAUCACAAUUUUGCUUAUAGUUCUACCUUGAGUAUCGAGAUUUUCACUUUUGUAUUCUUUUUGAAAGUUGGCUGAAUAAGAAUGUAACCCCAUUUCAAACUGGAUGCCCCUUGAACAUUUUAUUCUUCUUUGAGGUGCUCAGAAAUGCCUAACCUAUUCUUUUCUCUGGUAACUACUGUACGAGUUAUGGAGUUGACUAUUAAAUCUGUGUUAGUCUUGUGUAAACAAGGCUGAUACACUGACAAGGGGACGAAUUCUGGUCUAGUGCCUUAUUAAAGUGUAGUUUUCGUUCAUAGUGAAACUUGAAGAUCAGCACUGCUGCUGAAAAUUUCGCUAUUUUUUAGGAUGAUACAGUUAUAUAUAUAUACUAGGAGAUGCUUUUUUUGACAUCCAGUUUUAUAUGCACCUAUUGUUUCCUAUACAUUACUACUAUAUGGCAUGUCUUUUUAAUUAAUAAAAUUAUAAUGUAA